GUUAUAGUCACAUACAUGGAUAACCAGACAAUUUCGUACCGUUGAGUUAAUCGAUCUCGAAAAAUGUCCGGUCCGAUAAGCUCCGCGAGUUCGAGAAAUUUCAGUACGCGAUGCUUGCCCUCUACAGCUAAAUGGACGCGUUGAUUUCAGGACUUCCGAGAGAUAUUCAACAUGUCGGAGCCUGAACGACGAGAAAUCGCGGAAGAAAAAUUUUUGAGCAAAAUCUACAAUUACAUCCUCGAGAGUCCGGACCUCGACCUCCUGCGCCGACUCUUCGUGCCGUCGAUCGAUCGGCGGGUUCAGGCUCUGUUGGAGCACUUCGUCUACAGGGAUCACGAGGACACUCCGAAGCGUCUUUUCGGUGGCGUGGACGCAUGGCUCGAGGCUUCGGAGAGGCUUCUGAGGGUCGACGGACUGGCUGGGGUCUUGGUCGACUCCGUUCUCAUGAGCAACCGGUUGGACCACAUCGGCAGGGAAAUCGACGAGAUCGGCUUCGGGAGACCUCGGCUGGGCUUCGGUCUGACCAGAGGAUGCGAGAGGCUGGAGCAGUGGAUAGCUCGCUGUCAGUCUACCUUCCUCGGUCGAACCCCACCGGAAGCCACUACCAGCGUCUCGCCUACCCCGACGAGACAAUGCUCGACGCGCAAACGCAAGGCCAGCAACUGCCACGAGGCACUACCGCCGGAAUCCAAUCCCUUCGACGCCUGUCCUUCGAGCUUGGGGGAUCAAACGAAAAGCCGAAGUCGAGCGUCGACAAAGCUCCGCCGAGCCACCACUGUGUCGGCUUCCAGGAGCGAUAAACUCAAAGUCGUCGUCACCGAAGUUUGCCGGGACGGCGGGACGCGACGGAGCGAUUACUUGAAGCUGCCCUGCGACUCCAAGGCUUUGAGGGAGAAAGUUUUCGGGAAAGGGAAUUUCCCGACCAGCAAUGGAAGGCUCGACGAGCGACUUCAAAGCGUGUGCGUUUGCUUGAACAACGUGACGCAGCGGAUGCAAGCGAACGACGCGUCUUUGUCCUGCGAUAUUCGCAAAAACUACGUGCGCUUCAAGCUCGGUCGUGUAAAGUCCAGGCUGUGCGCGUUCGCCAGCAGAGUCGCUUUGGGUAGACCGCGAGGAAGACGUUCCACUUGCGGUGGAGGUAGAGACUAUUCGGACGCUAAUGUCAGAUUUUGCAAGGAGGUGGAGGAUGAAGAGCCGUUGAGCGAGACCGAUCAGUCGACCAAGUACCUGUGGUGCAAAGACGGCGAGGAAUUCGUUGCUUCUUCACUCGAGGGGGAAGACGACGACAGUUUCGAUGAAGACGAAAUUUUGUCGUCAACUCGGAUCGAUGCUCGGGAAGAUUGCGGCUCACAAUCGCGCAGAGAGAAAGAACAGGAAAAUUCAGUCAGUGUCAAAGGCAAAGUGGCAGCUGAGGCUUGUGCUUGCAAGAACGAAAAUAUACUACGAGAGUUAGGCCUCGCCUGCGAUGAAGUGGGCUCGACGAAGGUAAACGAGAAAAAUGGCAGUGACUCUGUUCAAAAAGACCUUAAGGACACUGGUGUAAUGACAGAGGAAAUUCAAGAAAGCUCUGUGGUAUUGAAAAACGCGGAAACCUGCACCGGCGAUACCGACGACAGCGUGGAGCUCACCAACGUCUACAUCAACGAGAUAUCCCUCUGCUACUGCGACGAGAAAGAAGAGACCACCAAACACUGCAUAGGUGUAAACACCGAAUGCCGUCUGUCAGCUUUCGCGAAUACCGGCACGAAUACCGACUGCGCGAAAUUCCGAGAAACUUGGACGCAGGUAUUCUUCAAGGAAAUUCACUUCUGCGCCUGCGACAAGCAAGUCGACCAAGAGUUCGAGAUAAAAAGUAUAAAAUUCGAAGAUCGCGACGCCGACCACAGCUGCAAGUGCAACAAGGAGACGAGCACCGACGACAAGUACACCCUGAUCGAGCUGGAUUGCGCGAUUCCGCGAGAUUACGAGGAAGUCUGCGAAAAAAUGAGCUACUCGCCCCGCAAGAAAUCGGAGUGUGCCGAUGGCAUGAGGACGAAAAUCAACGAGAUCGUCGAUUUGAACGAGAAAAUUCGAGAGAAGUUCAGGGUCUUGAAGGGUAGUAAAGAUCUCUGUUCCGUCUCGGUCCAGACCCUGUGCAAGCGCUCGUGCUCCAGCAGGAACAUCGAGAUUCAAGUGAGGACGUCGGUGACGUCGCUGAAAUCUAACUCAAAUAUCAAAUGUGCAACGAAAACCCUCGAACGAGAGGAAAGUACAGCAACCCAGUGCACCAAAGUCUGCGACAACUCGGUCUGCCAAUUCAAAAACGAAGAUUCAACUCUGAGGCGGUCGAUCCUGACCGAAGUCGCCGCCUCACUGGACGACCCAACGCUGCGAAAGCUUCGCGACAACCUCAACGCCUGCGAAGUCAUUCACGAAUCCUUCGUAACCAGCAAAAAAUCAACCUCGUCUCGCUGCGACAGCAGAUUCGCCCAAGGCGACGCGGUCCAGCUUCACAGCCGGUCCUUCAUCCGCCUCGAGCACAAGGUCCAACGCACCUGCAGGUGCAGCAAGAAGAACCACUUCCUGAACUUCCUCUCUGAGCACCUGACCAGAGAAAGCUUCGAGAGGUGCAAGAGCCUCCUGCGCUCGAUCCUGCGCAAGCUCCUCGAGAAGGUGAAAGCUCUGAACGAGCUUCGCAAGCCUACGUGUCGUCGUGCAGGCUGCUGUGCGACAUGCCAUCACGAGCCGAGUCGCCACGAGAGAACAACCUGUGGGACGAGACUCGCCGCCGGUGCUUCGGACGGCUACGUCAGCCGUUGGUCGAUCAAGGAAUUCUCGAGGGCGAACGAAUUUACACGGGCGUGCCGCGAUUUCGAGAAUCGACGCGGAAGACAGCUUGUUCGGAGGGAACCGACGAGGAGAAGGUCCUCGGAAUGGGAGCACGUGUCCUCCGAACGCUGUAGGAGGAUCGAGGCUUUCACCUCCGCUUGGCGCGAUGGAACUGAUCCCCUGUAAACUCGUUUAUUAAUAAACAUAACGCAUAAGUAUA